AUGAAUCCUACAAGUGCAGCAGGACCAGAUGCUAUGAAUGGGAAAUUUUACCAAUCAUGCUUGGAAGUGAUCAAAGAAGACCUAUUCAAUGUUGUUCUGGCCUUUUUUAAAGGUAGUCCUAUGCCCAGGUUCAUGACUAGUGCAUGCCUAGUUUUUCUGCCAAAAGUUGAAAACCCUAAUAGUCUCACAGAAUUUAGACCAAUUAUUCUUAGCAAUUUUGUCAACAAGAUUAUCUCCAAGGUCAUUGGCACAAGGCUUGGUCCUAUUCUUCCUAGGAUCAUCUCAGCAAAUCAAUCAGGUUUUGUCAAAAGUAGGAACAUCUCUGAAAAUAUCAUGCUUGCUCGGGAAAUAUUUCAUGGUAUUAAGAAGCCAAAUGUGGGUUCAAAUGUAGUCAUCAAGCUUGACAUGGAAAAAGCUUAUGACAGGUUUCCUGGAGCUUUACAUGCUUAA